ACAGAGCAUACUGAGAAGAUAGAUAGCAAACAAAGCUACGAAAUAUGGGGUCAGGGAAUCAAAGGAAAAUCGAUACUUAUACGGUCGAAUGUGUCGAAAGCCGCCAAACAUUAGGUUUCCAAAAAAGGAACUUGUAGUGACAAGGUAAUUGUGUUAAAUGAUAAACUUGAAGUCGACAGCUUUUCUAGCGCAUCUGAGAAUUUCCAUAGCAAUGAAUUGUCGAGUACACUAACAUACUAAGUGAUGGUAUCCUGAAAUCCAGACGUGUUACAUUCUAUUGUGCCAAGUGAAUCCAAGCCAGAUAUGAUUUGCACUAUUCGUGUGUGAACUAAACUAGCAGCACGAUUUUUGCUCAGAUUCUGUAGCACACUUCCGAGGAGACGACAGGGUGAAAAUCACAAAAAGGAUCAUAUAUCUACGGGCUGUCAAAGAGUAAAAUCGUGCUCGUAAAAGGUGGAACAAUGUGCCCAUAAUUUUGCACCGUUCCGUUGUUCAGUUUAACCUAUCAUCUAAAUGGAAGGCAAUUGGAAAAUCUUUCGCGAGUGAUUGAGCUGAAACUUACUUUCAGCGGAAGAGGUCAAAAUGUUCGAAACAUCCCCAUUUUCAUGGGCGGCCGAUGAUAGGACAAUGUGGAAAAGUUUGGUGAACUCGUACUUAGAUGCGCGCUGAUGAUGGAAUUGCCAAGAAAUCGAGGCGUGUGGUAGUGUUGCGUGGUGGGCUGUGUGUGUGUGUCGGUCGAUGGUGAAGAGAAAAGCUUUUGUGUGCAACCCGUGAAAAUUUUCUCGGUUUUUCACCAACAUACUUGACGCGAAGUUGAAAAGUGUCUCUUGAUAAGUGUCUUUUGCAGUGCAAUUUCCGUGAAAUGUGCAACGAAUCUACGAAAUUGUGAAACAUAAAGAUGCAGAAAUUGGAAUAUCCGCGGAAAACAUGGCUAACGUUCCUAGGAAAAUGCAAGAAUGUGGCAAGAAAAAUCGAGGAUCAAUCUGUGCUCACUUCGGUCCCAAAAGAUGGAGAGUAAAACAAGGAGUGUAUAUGCAGCAGCGUUUUCCUGCACAAAAGUUAUCAGAAUCCUAAUGAAUUGAACAAAUUAGUCAUGAAAAUUAUUGGGUGAUGGGGUAUUUUCAGUGAAUACUAUUUAGUGACAGCUAUUUAUUUAAACAAUGGAAACCAGUUUGUGCAAUCGUUUUGGAGUUCCGCGAACGUAGUAAAUCCAGCUGUGAAAUGGAACUGGUAUCGAAGCUGUACCCACCGUAGUGCAAAAUGGUCGCCUCGCCAUUUGUACGGCCACACAGCGACAGCAUGGAGCGGUAUCUACAGACUGUUGUGCGUGAAAACUGCAUGUUUAUUUGAUCGUAGCAAAAGUCAACAUCUCUUCGACUGUGUCCGCUGGCGGAAAAAGUGAAAAUGUUUACCAAAAGCAACCGCGAUAUUCGUUUCUCAAGUGUAGCCAACGGUGAAGACAAUGACAACAAGUGCAGCGAGUAUCAGUUUUCAAAAUGUGAAACCAAACUGAAAAAAUACAAAGUGACAUGUUCCGAUGUCUGCCCAUCGGACGAAUGUGCGAUUAACGACGAACGUAAUCAAGUGAACAAUAGCAACAAUAGUGCAUAUAGCAACGGAUAUUUUCUAUAACGUUUGCUCCUCUAACGAAGCAUAGGCAUAGUUGAGUAUAAUGAGUUGUAUAUAGUGUGGGGAAAUGGAAAAUCAACUUAUGUAGAGAUAGCAUACAUCUGAGAAGAAUAACGAAAUAACAUUUAAGUCAUACAUACCUAUAGUGCUUCGUUUUAUGAUUUUGCAAGAUGGAGGAGUAAAAACGGUACAUAGAGUAAGAAUAAACGACAACUUGGACCCUACUGCAGUUUCAGUGGAUAUAAAUAGCUUACUUACAUACAAAAGAUAGCCAAACUUCGAAAUACGUAGCAUAUCGUAUUUCAUUGCAUCACUAGGAUAUUACCAAAAUGGCCGAUAUGCCUGAUUUAUCUCAUCUGACACAGGAGGAACGAGCUAUCAUUGAAAAUGUUAUGCAUCGACAACGGCAGGAGGAGGAGCGGGAGAAUGAGAUUAUGCGGAGAAAGCAGGACGAGGUGGCAACGCUCGUUGAUUCAAUCAGGCAAAAAUCGGAACAGCAGAAAAAGGCAGGAGUGGAACUGGACGCUACCUGUCACAUUUGCCUCAAAACCAAAUUUGCGGAUGGCAUCGGGCACAUCUGCAAUUAUUGCAACAUCCGUUGUUGUGCCAAAUGCGGGGGAAAAGUCACGCUGCGUAACAAUAAGGUGAUAUGGGUGUGCAUCGUUUGUCGGAAGAAGCAAGAGCUCUUAUCAAAAACGGGUCAAUGGAUUAACAAAAGCACCAGUCCCGAUGGGACAGGUCGUCGAUAUGAAGGAGAUCCCAGGGGUUUCCCACAAACACUCGAUCCACACGAUCCCUCCGACAAACGACCAAAACUGGAACGAGCGAAAAGUGCUGCCGAAAAGGAGAACAACCCCAUGCAACGUGCUGGCAGUCAGCUUAGGAGGCAAUAUUCGCAGCAAGAUCCUAUACCACGACGAUUGUCGCAAUCGGAUAGCGGAGUGGAUAUAUCGACUGCACCCUCGCAAGUUCGAUUACCAAUGCCACGGAUGCAUUCUCAAGGUGGCCAACAGCAAGGUCCCUACGGCCAGUAUACGCAACAUCCCGGUCUUCCUCAGCCUCCCAUGCAACAGUCACCAUACGGGCAUCCUCAAUCUCAUAUGAAUCCUCAAGUGCAGAUCACUCGACCCAGUGGAAACGUCGGGAUGGGUGGUUAUGCACAAGAGGACCCCAGUUAUUAUCAGGGUGAAAUUGAAGAUCUAAUGCGUGCUCAUCCGCAUUUGGUUCAUCCUCGGCAGCAGCAGCACUACGCAGAAUCAAUGCAAUCCGGAAGUAGCAGUGGGAUUGUGCUACCACCAGAACCAAUGAAGAAACACAAACGCCCCAUGGGUGGUCCUUAUCUCCCGCAGCAGCGGUCGUAUAGCAGCUCCGACGAAGAUAUUCGAUCUACGCCGGAGUACGAAGCCGGGCACCAAAAACAGUAUUUUGAUAAUCACUCUCGACUGAAUCCAAGCCUAACUGAUUACCGGGCGAGUAAGCUGGAUGUACAACAAAGAAAUAGCUAUAAUCGAACGAACCAUAACCGGUACCAUAGUCAGCAGUUGAACUCGCAAUUUCAGCAGCCACUACCACAGGUAGUGGUUGCAGACAGCACCAUUACUUCGUUGGCGUACGAUAAUAAUAAUCAUCAACACGGUAGCAGUCAUCAUCAGCAUAGUCAUCAGUCAGUGCCGGAGUCCCAUCAAGCUCAUAAUAGCCAAUAUCAGUUUAUUCAGCAGAACAGUCGAUAUAACUCCAGUUCUGCUAGCAAUGAACAGCCGGACCCGUAUUGGGAUGAUCCGGCCGAUAGUCGACGAUUCACCGAACGAAGAAAGAAAACGGUGAGGUUCGAUGGACAGGACGCUGAUGACUGGGGACGAUGGGAGUCGGAAAGACAGGGCAGUCAGGAUUCAACUACUAAGGAUUCUGGUAUCGAUACCAGUAGUACAUUUACAAGUAGUGAAGAUUCGAAUCGAGGCGAUGGUCCCAAGAAUCCUGUUAGUUGGCAAGUGUCAGCAGAUGGCAGUCGUAUGAUUGGUCAUAUGGUUUUGCAAAGAAAUAGUGACAGCGAAGACGUUUUGGGAUUGAGAGUACGGGGUGGACAAGUUCUGCCUCACAACGAAAAGGGAGCAAUAGUUGAACAAGUGCAGCGUGGUUCGAUAGCUGACCAGGAAGGACACAUUAGGCCAGGUGAUGAAGUAGUGGAAUGGAAUGGCCACUCGAUGCGUGGGAAAUCCGCGUCGAACGUAUACGAUAUUAUAAGUGCUAGUAAACGGGAACCGUUGGUAGAAUUACUCCUAACACGUGAGAUUGCGAUAAAUCGUAAAAACACUCAAGCAUCUUGGCGAAAAUCUCAUUCCCCAACGCGCAUUCAGACUCACCGUGGAGCAGAAAACUACAUCCGACGAGAUAAGCCAAGCGUGUUAGUCACAUCUCCCGGAUCGCCAGACUUGCACAGUGUUCGUAAUUAUUCCACCAAUCUUCGUUACCCUAAUAGACUGACACCGGCUGCGACAGCAACGCAGCAGGAGAAUAGCGUUGGAGGACGAGUUCAAUUAAAGCUAGGCUUCGAUCCAAGUUCUCUGCAGCUGAUCGUGACCAUCCUGGGCGCCAAAGAUCUGGUUCCAAGGGUCAACGGAGCGGCACGAAACCCAUACGCCAAAAUCUGCUUGCUUCCCGAUCGAAGUGAAAAAUCCAAAAGACGAACGAAAACGCUAGCUCUUACCAACGAGCCUCGUUGGGGUCAAACAUUCGUAUACGACGGCCUCCGUAGAGCUGAUCUGCAGAAUCGUCUCUUCGAAAUCACUGUUUGGGAUUACGUCCGCUAUGGUGCCAACGAUUUUCUCGGUGAAGUGAUUCUCGAUUUGUCCACGUACCCUUUGGACGACGAACCAGAGUGGUUCAACCUGCAGCCGCAUUCGGAGAACCUCCGAGAUGCAUUCCGUAGAGACGAUAGAGAACCUGGCAACGAACUGGAUAUGAUUUUAUCCCCGAUCGAUCAUUUAUCGCCGCCGAGCACCACUUCAAGGUGUACUGACUCUGACACGACCUCCGAAUGCGAUAUCGAUGGUCUGAUGACUGCCCGAGACGGUGCUAGCGUAUCAUCAUCAAGUCCUCCACCAGAGGUUGAUCUACAAGAGCGAAGGUCUCGACGGGAUAUGUCACCGCAGGGACGCAAACGAGUCGCUAGUAUGGUAGCAAAAGACUAUCGAACGGUGUCGGGCGUAGGGCAGGGCUUUCACAAUCAAAUGACGAACGAGGCAUCCGCUUCCUAUCGUCGGAACGGCACGAUGGCACUGAACCAACGAAGUCAAUCGGCGGCACCGAGUGAUAGCUAUCGAGAUGACCGGCGGGACUCAUUGUCGCCCCAAGAUGAUAGAUAUACCGAAUAUCCAGUUCUUCCAUUACAUCAGUAUGCGCCAAGAUUUCAAUCACGAUCAGCGACUGCGACACCAACUGGUUCACCGAAGAAACGACAAUUACCACAAGUACCUCACGUGUCACGAAAUGCAGCUAUGCGAGAGCGGUUCGUACAGGAGUUUGAGGAGCGCAGUGGGGGACGUUUUUCCCGGUACCGACAUCGCCAAAGCCAUCAUCUGCCAACGUAUCGAAGUACGGGGAUGGGAGGAUGGGAACAACGCUAUACCGGACUUUCUGACAGUGAUCUGACGACACACUCAUUAGACAGUAGAAUUAGACCUAGACACUCGUUAUCUCCGGAUAAGGAUUUUAUGGGUGAUUUUGCUGACUCCGAUAUGGAGUCGGUGGUUAGUGUAACUUCAAGUGCUUUUUCAACUCAGUCGGAGCGACCGCGUGGAUCAAAAGGGAUAAGUGAUUAUGAUGUGAGAGACCGGGGUCGGUAUGGCAAUAAUGGUGGACGGGAUACGUAUCGGCAGCGUGAUCGUGACCGAAACAGUAGUGAUCAUGAACGGGACCGUCUGAGUGACGGUCGGCGGGAAUCGCGGGAUCGUGCUGAACUGGACCGAAGUCUUUCGAACAAUGAGGGUACACCCGAGGAUAAAAUAGACGGUAGCUUAAGUGACACGGCCGUGAUACAAAGCUUGGACUCGCGGCGUAAGCUGGAUCAACGAUCACCCAAGAGUGAGACCCCAACGAGGGAACGGGAUCUCUUCGGUCCCGGUAUGGGCAAGAAGAGUAGUUCCACGUCGCAACUGUCGGCAACAGACCAAGGGAUAUCGCCAUCAUCCUCGUCGUCUACAUCGCAACGCAAACGAUCCUCAGCGGGAUCGAUCCAACGAUCAGUCGAAGUGACACCGAUUCCAUCACAGUCGGGGGCCAAUCGUGCCGGAAGUUUACACUCAAUCUCUAGCUCCGAGGGCUCCUCGUGGUCACCAUCGCUACGGAUGACCGGCGAUACUGGACCAUUGUCGGACUUCAUCGAGGGUUUGGGACCAGGACAGCUUGUUGGGCGCCAAGUGUUGGGCGCUCCUGCCUUAGGUGAUAUUCAACUGUCUAUGCACUAUCAGAAGGGUUCCUUAGAAGUUGAAGUGAUAAGAGCGAGAGGUUUGCAGGCACGUCCUGGCUCAAAAGUACUUCCAGCGCCUUAUGUUAAAGUGUAUUUAGUUUCCGGUAAAAAGUGUAUAGAAAAAGCUAAAACAACGACUGCUAGGAAAACAUUAGAUCCAUUAUAUCAACAACAAUUAGUGUUUAGAGAACCGUUUGCUGGCUGCAUAUUACAAGUGACGGUAUGGGGUGAUUACGGACGAAUGGAGGGCAAAAAAGUGUUCAUGGGUGUAGCUCAAAUAAUGCUGGAUAACCUUAACCUAUCACAUUUAGUCAUCGGAUACUACAAACUGUUCGGAACCACAUCACUGGUCAGUGGACCACCUAGUUUGGGUCUAUCUAGGCGAUCCUCAAUUGCAUCACUCGAUUCACUUAAGCUGUAAAACUCAUUGACAUCACUAUGUUUAUUUUUCUCCUUCGGUAUUGUUUUGGUUUUCGACUUUGGUUUGAUUUUGAGAACUGUAUCACUUUUGUUCUCGGUUCGUACUAUGAGAUGGUUUGGUGUUGUUAAUUUUUGAUACGAACUGAAGUUUUGUCUAGCGGCAGUCAUCGUUUUCCUUACAUAGUUACUACAACCCGUCUUAGAUUGAAUCGUGGCAGCUGUCGCAACAGCUUUGCCAUAGCAUUCCUACAACUUGUGAAUAAUUUCUUAGCCGUCAAGUUUGUUUGAUAUAGCCUUACGAUAGUUGACACUCUAGCCAAUAGUUUAUUUUCGAGUCAUCACGGUCUUCUCGAAAUGUGGCUUGAAACACCCUCAAUUUCUACAAGGAUGCUAUUCUAUUGCUGAUUUUCAACGGAUUGCGAGCGGGAUCAACAAAGAUUGCUAUUCGUAUAGCGAAUAUGUCUAGUAAAAGUAACCUUGAUAAACCUCAGCAUAAGUUUCAUCGGCGUACCUACUAUCUGGUUUACCAAAUCCACAUCCUAUUUUUUCGUACAAUCCAAGCCAUGACAGUUAGUACUAGGAAGCCAACAACCGAACGUAACGGCAACAUGUUCCAGUAUAGGAGACUAGACUAAAACAAAUUAACAAAUUCAGCCUGUGAGACGAAGCGGAAUGCAACCAAACAAAAAGAAAAAAAAACCACAGUCACACAUGAGCACGAAGAGCGUGAGCAAUUUUCAGAUUUUUCGCGUAUUUAUUAAAACAAAGCAAAAAUACAUCUAAGGAAAAAUGAAACUCAAAUCUGUGAAUUUAUUAAAAGUAAUAUUAAAAGAAAAAAAACAGUAAGGAUACAAAUCAUAAAGCAGCAUCAGACGAUUCAUAACAAAGCAAGUGAACAACUACUUUGUAUAAUAAAGAACAAAUAAUCAAGCCUUCCAUUAUAUUUAUGAAACAAGGAACAUUUAAUUAUUAAUUAUCAAUUUACCAAAACUAAAUUUUUGAAAACAAAAAUAAUAAACCCAACAUACGGUUCCACACGAGCCACGUCAUUCUUAUUCAUUUCACUUUUGAAUUGUAGAUCCAAGCAGAACUAUCGUAUCGUAAAUCACAUUCGUUCCCUCUCAGAUAAUUUUCGCCAAAUUAACACGCAUUUUCAUGUAAUUUCUCUUUCCUACUUCACUUAAAAUCUCAUGAGACUAUAGAGAAAAUAGAACGAACAAAGCGACCGCCACUUAGUGUACAGCUGGUAUGGAACAGGAAAACAAACUUUUUCAUAAAGAGAGUAAAAAGUUAAGAGUAACUCAUUGAACAAAGCAAAUUUGUAAAUUUACUAAAACAAUAGGCAAAAUCGAUCGCGAAAACAUCUUGUAAAUAUAAGUUAAAGUAAAAAACUGAAAACAGAAAAUGGAACGUGAAAACACGAGUGCACUGAGUUGCAUUCGAGUACUAG